AUGGCAUUCAAACAACAGAAGCCUCAAUUUGUCCCAGUCAAAUGGUCUCUAGAUAGUAAUGUGGAAACAAAUGGGCCGUGCCGCCUACUCUUGCUUCGACAACGAAGACAUGAACAAUACCUCCAUCGCUGGACCUUUCGCCAACUCUCUGCCACUCUUCUACGUGUCUUGGGCGACGGAGAAGGAAAGCUCAACACCAGUGAUGCGCAAACCGUGUUUGUCGACUCGUUAGACGGCAAGACACGCCAGAAUAUGACGGGGUCCUGGCAUCCGCUGCAUACGUCCGAGUAUGUCUGGACGAAAGUCGCAUUCCCAAACUCCCUUCUCCGAUGUUUAGACGAUAACGUCGACAUGGCGUACCGAAUUGAAUCCCGCCCUGCGUUCCUCGACCACCACCUUACAGAGUACGCAAACUCCCACCCGCCAGCCCUUAAAUUGAAAUACGACUACACGACAGGGAAAUUCAGAGAGAAGCAUAUUCUCCGCGAGGCUGUCAAGCCCUUCGUCACCGAGGAAGGCGCGAUGCACAAGAAGCUGAAGGAGUUGGUGACGAAGGAGAACGUCGAGAUGCUGGGGUUUUUGGAUUGGGAGAAGACUAGCGAGCUGGUCAACAAGGCGAUUGAAGGCGGUGAUCUGCUGGCAUUUAGGGCUGCAAUCACCAUUGCCCAUUAUAUUGUUUUGGGCAGGAGACGCUCUAAGCAGACUCCGGUGCUUUCCAGAAGAGAGGUGAUAUCGGCGUGUGCAUUCAAGAUGAAAAUUGAGUACGGAUAUGGCCUGGAGCCACAAACAAGCACCUGGAGAAACCCCACCGCGGAUUCCGCCAUCAGCCAUACACAGACUGGAUCUGACUCAAGCUCAUCUGGACCCACCGGGACGGUAGACAGAGACCCCCUGAAACGGGCCACUUCCCAGCCCUCAUACUCGAUAUCUCCGUCUUGUGUUUCAGCUUGUUUCAACCUCGACAGGACUCCUGAACCUCUAGUAAUAAGUGUUCUGCCUGGCGUGGCUUCGUAUAAAAACCGCCGAUCCUUCUCCCUCCCACUCGACUGUCAAACUCGAAUAACCACCAGUCUACCAUACGUGAGCUUUCACCACACAACCGGCCAAGUAACACGCCCUCCAGCCAACACUGUCACAAUGCGUUGCACCAUCCCAUCUGCAAGCCCACGCACCAACUCCAGUGCAGCUCUCGCACUCCUCUCCCUCCUUGCAUGCGCAACCGCGCAAUCAACCGUAGGGUUCGGACCUGCCUUCUCCCUCGGUCCGACUCAGUCAUGGAUCCGUGAGGCAAAUACCACCCUUGUUCUCCCCAAGACGCCUGGUCUCAAAGAUCGUCUUGCGCUCUGGCCUGGGAUGGGCACAAGCGGCGGCGAUCUGAUUCAGGCGUUGGCAGUUUCGUUCUCAGACCCCAAUGCGAACUGCGGUGCCAGUGAAGGGCAGUGGUGUACCUGGGCCAGUACGCUGCAGGGCGAACAACUCGGCGGAACCGAUGUCCCUGCCAACGAGGGCGACAAGCUCACCAUGCACUAUGUUUACAACGACAGUACGGGCGAGUACGACCAAACCGUCUACAUCAACGGGGAGUCUGUGUCUACAUUAUCGACAAGCUCCGGACAAGCUCAGGGCUGGGGCACGGCCGUCGAAUGUCAGGACGACGCGUGUGAGAGCACCACUGUUGCGGCGCAUCAAUACCUCGACACGACAAUCAUCCUUGACUCAGAAGACACCACCUUCAAGGACACCCUUGUUCUAACCGAGGCCGACUCUACCGAGUUCAGUUCAAGCGACGGUGGCAAGACCUGGACUGUGGAGACAAUCAAUAUCCAUGAGCAUACCUACAACCUGUAA